AACCAAGAAUUUUUAUUUAUUCAACGAUAGAGUGAGUGGAAUGAGAAGUGAAUGGAAAAUUGAAUUUCCAUGAUCAGUGGGGUGGUUAGAACUUAGAAGAGAAGAGAACUAGAGAAGUGAUUUUUUGCAAAGACAAAGCGAGGGUUUCUAUUGUUUUGUUGAGAAUUCAAUUCAAAGCUUUUGAUUUGAUGAUCAUAACAUAACACAAUGAGAGAUAUUUGUAGGAACUUCCAGCGAGGCAGCUGUCAAUAUGGAGAAAGGUGUAGAUAUUUACAUGUUCAGCAACAGCGAAAACCUAAUGUUAAUGGGUUUGGAGGUCAGAGCAGUUCUUAUCAACAGCAAAAUACAAAUCCCUUUGGAUUUGGCUCUGGCUCACAACAACAGCAGCAGCAGAAGGGUAAUCCUUUUGGUUUUGGCAAGCAGAACAGCUCCCAGUUAAAUGGUGGGCCUCAUUCUGAGCAUAAACCCAACCAAUACAAGCCUUUUGAAAACAAAUGGAAUCGACAGUCAUCCAAACCCCAGCAGAACGGUGUGAAAUCUGAAAACAACUCCAAACAAACAGAUCAUAUAUGCACAGAUCCUGAGAACUGUAAGCGCCAGAUUGCAGUAGAUUUUGAGCAAGAGAAACCUCUUUGGAUACUUACAUGCUACAGUCAUUGCAAAGGUGCUCCUUGUGACAUUGUUGGUGAUAUUAGCUAUGAAGAAUUGCGGGCAUCAGCUUAUGAGGAUGCUAAGCGUGGGAUGAACUUGCAAUCAAUAGUUGAGAAAGAGAGAAAUAUACUAAAUUCCAAGUUGGUUGAGUUUCAGAAACUACUUUCUGAACCUUACCAAAUACCAAUAAGUUCUUCUCUUGGCAGUCCAACACCCCAAUCUAUUGUAGCCAAUGCCAAUGCAAAUCCGUUUUCAACAUCUCAAAGUAAUGGUCCUUUGUCAGUCUCAAGCUUUAGCCAACUGAGUACUCCAUUGAACAUGGGUUUUGAAAGGCCAUCUGCACCACUAACAAACACUCUGACGAAGCCUGGUUUCUUUGGAAGUGGAGGAAACUCUUUGGCAUCCAACAACGCAGCAAAUCUAAACAGCAGUGCUGUCUUUGGUGUUCAAAGCGGCCCAUAUUCUACACCAGUGGAUUUGAACAUGUUUCCAGGUUCAACUCAGCAAACAUUGACUGCCUUCAAUAACUCUGAUCCCACUACAAUGUUUCAAACAACACCAGAUGUCCAGUUGUCAAAUAUGUCCCAAGUGGAGAAAGUGUCAGUAGAUCCAAGUAUUUGGUUAAAAGAGAAAUGGAAUCCGGGAGAGAUUCCAGAAGAAGCUCCUCCUGAUACAUUUGUACGGUAGGCAUUUGUGUUGGCAUCUGACAAAGCACUAAAUACUAGCAAGAUUUUGGGCCUUUCGUGGUUGAAUUAUAAAGAUCAAUAGCAUAUUUUAGAUCACUUCAGUAGUUAUCUGGAUAGUUUUAUAUCAAUUAAUGAAACGCAUGAGCUAAGGAGGCAAAAGUAAUUCCAUAUUGUAGUUCUUUCAUUUGGACGAAAUAUUGUAAUGCCUUCUUGGAGCUAUUUUGAUUUCCAAAAUUAUUUGACUGCUCGCUGCACUAUCAGGAAUUCAUUUGAUUGAUACGGAUUUCACUCGUUAUGUAACCACCUUUUUUUCUUUCUUGUAAUAUGGCAGUAAUCAUGUGCUUCUCGAAAGGGAAAAAAAAUCCAAAUGCCUUUGUUAUUUUUUUGACAUUCAAAUCCACGUGAUACAAGUUUUGAAAUA